GGAGCCGGAGCGAGGCGGGCGCUGCUGGGAAGCGGCGCGGCAGGGGGAGCAGCGGGGCGGGGGGCGCCCCCUCCCCGCCCUCCUCCCUCCCUCCCCAGCUGGCAGCGCACCCCGGGCCCCGCCGGCCGGCCGGCUCCCUCCCCGCCCGUCUAUGUCUUUUUCUGACUCCAGCGCAACCUUCCUGCUCAACGAGGGCUCAGCUGAUUCCUAUACCAGCCGCCCGUCCUUGGACUCUGAUGUGUCGCUAGAGGAGGAACGCGAGGGUGUGAAGCGCGAGGUGGAAAGCCAAGCCCAGCAGCAACUUGAGAAGGCCAAGCACAAGCCAGUCGCAUUUGCUGUUCGUACCAAUGUCAGCUACUGUGGCGCACUGGAUGAAGAAUGUCCCAUGCAGGGAUCUGCCAUCAACUUUGAAGCCAAAGAUUUCUUGCACAUCAAAGAGAAGUACAACAAUGAAUGGUGGAUCGGGAGGCUAGUAAAGGAGGGGGGAGACAUCGCCUUCAUCCCCAGCCCACAGCGGCUGGAGGCUAUACGACUGAAGCAGGAACAGAAAGCUAGGCAAUCGGGCAAUCCUGCCAUCAGCAGCCGGCGAUCGCCUCCCCCAUCUCUAGCCAAACAGAAGCAAAAACAGGCAGAGCACAUCCCCCCCUACGAUGUUGUGCCCUCCAUGAGACCCGUGGUGCUGGUGGGACCCUCGUUGAAGGGAUAUGAGGUAACUGACAUGAUGCAGAAAGCUCUCUUUGAUUUCCUCAAGCACAGAUUUGAUGGCAGGAUCUCAAUCACACGUGUCACAGCUGACCUCUCCCUGGCCAAGCGCUCCGUGCUCAACAAUCCAGGAAAACGGGCCAUCAUUGAGCGUUCCACCACACGGUCCACCAUUGCUGAAGUCCAGAGUGAGAUUGAGAGGAUUUUUGAACUGGCCAAGUCACUGCAGUUGGUUGUGUUAGAUGCCGACACCAUCAACCACCCAGCACAGCUGGCCAAAACCUCACUGGCCCCCAUCAUUGUCUAUGUGAAAGUCUCCUCCCCAAAGGUGCUGCAGCGCCUGAUCAAGUCGAGAGGGAAGUCACAGGUGAAGCACCUCAAUGUCCAGAUGAUGGCUGCUGACAAGCUUGUGCAGUGCCCUCCGGAACUGUUUGACGUGAUCCUGGAUGAAAACCAGUUGGAGGAUGCCUGUGAACACUUGGCCGAGUACCUGGAGGUCUACUGGCGAGCAACCCACCACCCCUUGCACAGUCUUGGCAGCCAGAACCUCAUAACACCUUCUACUGCCAUUCCAGGCCUGCAGAGUCAGGCCUUGCAGGGCGAGCGAGGCAAUGAACACUCCCCAGUGGAGCGUGACAGUUUGAUGCAGUCCGACGAAGCGAGCGAUGCCUCCCGCAAGACUUGGACAGCAUCGUCGCAGCGUAGCUCUCGGCAUUUGGAAGAGGAGUAUUCGGAUGCUUACACCGACCUGUACCAGCCGCACCGCAAUCACAACAGCGGCCUGCACAGCACCAAUGGCCACGACUCACAAGACCGCCUUCUGGAGCGCGACUCUGAGCACAAUCACAACGAGAGGAACUGGCAGCGCAACCGCCCCUGGGCCAAGGACAGCUACUGAAACCAACCAGGCUGGCCACCUCCCCACGCCUGGGCCAGGCAGCCACGGACGUGGGGCAAAGCUGCCUCCUCUUGGACUGAGCUGAUUGGUCCACCUUGCCUAGUAUCAAGCCUUCUCUUUCCCCUCCUAGCUGAGCCCCCUCCCCUAGUAUACAGGUCCUGCCCCAGUAUACAGGUGCUAUGUAUGGGAACCCCAGACACAACCACAGCUGCCUGAUUCCCAAACACAGGCUGGGUGGAUUUGCUUACCCACCUCUGCUUUGGGUUACGAGGGCCAUGAUAAAGUCCUUGCAGGGUAAAUUCCAUCGGCAGCAUUGCACCCCAAUUCCAUUUACUGGGAGGCGGAGGAGGAGUUGUGUACAACUCUAGGAGAGAGGCUGUGUGUGUGAGAGAGGAAGAGAGAGUGAGUGAGUCCAGGAGUUGUGGUUCCCUUAUCUAACUCUAGGAGAGCAGGUGUGUGUAUUAGGUGUACUGGCAGCCAGGAUCAAGCUGUUUUUCCUAGUGAGUUAAAUAUAAUUUUACAAGAGGAACCACCAGAACUGCUGGGUCUGCUUGCUCGAGGACUGGGCACCAGUCUGAACUUUGCUCCAGGCUGGUUUGAUGCUGUUUUUUGAAUGCCCCAGGAUUGUCCCCAGGUCUGCAUUCCGGGGUCCAGCACAGCAUGGUGCAGGGAAGGCUCAAGAGUGUCAAUCCUGCUCUCUGGUGCAGACUUUUAGGUACAUUCAGAGGAAAAGCUGAGGCUGGUGGAGUCAUUGCAUGGAAGCUUUAUGAUGAGGGGGAAUAUUUCCACAAGUGUGUUAGAGAAACAAAGGGUGAAAUUGUGGCUUAUCGCUUCCACAAUGCCUAUAGUUAACACAAACAGCAGAUGAGGUGGUAAAAUUAUUCCUGUGCCGUACCACUACAGGUAGGAGCAAGCACAUCCCCAAUGCAGGGGAGGGGGAAUUCUUGCACUCAGAAAACGAGCACAUCAGGGCGAAGACUAGGCUGCACUUAAAAUCAUCUCUCUGAUGUCUGGUUUAGCGUCUGCAGAAAACAAAGGAUUUUUUAAGAAAUUGGAAGAAUAUUCUACCAUAACAUCACGUCACAUACAACCUAAAAAUAUUAUUUCAACAAUUUCUAUCCUGUAUUUUGCAAAACCUGUCUGAAGAGGCUGGAACACUCCAGGAACAUUCUGCAGCCCCCACUGCAGAUUUUUGUGUGCCCCUGAAGAAUGAUCAAAGUGGUGACCACUGUGUCCCUUAGCUGGGGCAUGUCACAGGAUCUGCCAGACGGCCACUAUUGCCUCCACGGUAAAAGAGCUUACCCCACAGGGACUCUCCCCACUUCAAGUGAGCCUUCUGCUGGGAAAGUGUGCUUGUAGAACACCUUAAUGCUGCUGUGCCCACUGUCUUAACAUCGUCCUUGUGAAUGCAGACACAGAGAUGUGCCCAUGUGCAAAGGCCUGCUCCGAAAGUCUCUCCCCCUCCUGUCCCCAAUUUGGCUUCCAUGAAGAAGUAUCUUACUGCUUCUAAGGAAGCAGUGGCGCAAACCACACAUGACAUAUGAGAAAACAUUCCCCUGCUAAUGCCUCCAACUGAAAAGCAGACUUGAGAAGAGUAGCCAUCCAGGACAUACUUCCACACUCAAAAAAUCCCACCAGCUGCUUUUCCCCAGGGGAUUUCCAGACAAAGAGAAGGAUGGGGGCAUAAAAAGGCCCACUGGUGUUCCCUUUGCUCCUCUACCAAGCAAAACCAGAACCUGUUGUUUUUUUCUAAAUAAUAAGUUAGAGAGGUCAAGUGUCCUUUGCUCUGAGGAGGAGGAAAUGCCCUUAAUGGCUAGAGAAGCUGUCAAGCCCCCCCGAGCUGGUGUCGCAGCUCUCAGCGAUGGAUCCUGGUCUUGCUUCUCUCUCUGCUCAGAGAGACGCUCUCUCUGCCUGGUGCACAGCCACUUCUCCCUCUACUAGUGAGGCAAAACAACCAAGCUUGUAAAGCCACAAUAUGAGAAGUUUUAUUUUUUAUUCUUGCACACACCUGUUCCCACAAACUUCUCUGCUAAUUGCAUGAGGCCUUGAUCUUCCAUUUCCAGCCCACUUGAGAGAGGGAAGCGCUGUCUACAACAGCCUGGCUGUGAGAUGUCACCCCCCACUCCUUCCACUGUGUUUAGCCUGUCUUGAGGAGAAAGGUGCACAAUUAGAGCCAAGCCCCCCUCCCCACCAUUUCCUGCUUUCUAUCUCAUGCACAAAUCCUAAAUGCCCAGUUGCUCUACUUUGGCUCCCCCCAAGCACCGUGAACACUUCACUGGGCAACGGAUGGCAACCCCCGUUGCCCUAAACGCACGUGCACCUAUCAGAAAUCAGCCUGUAAAUACUGCACACCACCACCACCACCACCCGGGAGUUGUUCAACGUUGUCUGUCGUAUGCUCUGGGCUGCCCAGAGGGUAGGGAAAGGGCUCUUCCCCUUCCUGGCUUAGGCAGUUUCAGGGGCAAGGGAGCUCUGGGUUCUGUCCCUGCUGUUGCUGGUAAGUUGGCAGCGGCAAUGGCUUUGUUACUAUUCUUUUGUAGAGAGCACUUAUUUCCCUGACGAAUUGUAAGCGGUUUGAAAACA